UCCGCCUCCUCCUCCCGCCCCGGCCGCCGCCGCCGCCGCCUCCUUGCCGGCGCCCACCCCAGCAGCCGCCCGCCGGCUCGCCCGUGCAGCGGCGAUGCCCGGGAGCCCAAGCCCGGCGCCGGCCCCGGCCCCCGGCCCGCCGCAGCGUUAACCUCCGCGCUCCCCGGGCGCGCCGCCGCCGCUGACCUCGCGCUCGCAGCCGCGAUGGGCAACACGGUGCACAGGACCUUGCCAGACGCAAGCCCACCAGCACGCCUCCUGGCCACCCGGCCAUGCUGCGGCCCGGGUCCCGAGCGGCGACCAGUCCUGGGUGAAGCACCGCGUUUCCAUGCGCAGGCCAAGGGCAAGAACGUGCGGCUGGACGGCCACUCGCGCCGGGCCACGCGGCGCAACAGCUUCUGCAAUGGUGUUACAUUCACACAGCGGCCUAUCCGCCUGUACGAGCAGGUGCGGCUGCGCCUCGUGGCGGUUCGCCCGGGCUGGAGUGGCGCACUGCGCUUCGGUUUCACGGCGCAUGACCCGUCACUCAUGAGCGCCCAGGACAUCCCCAGGUAUGCCUGCCCCGACCUGGUGACGCGACCCGGCUACUGGGCCAAAGCGCUGCCCGAGAACCUGGCGCUGCGCGACACGGUGCUGGCCUACUGGGUGGACCGCCACGGCCGCGUCUUCUACAGCGUCAACGAUGGCGAACCCGUGCUCUUCCACUGCGGGGUGGCCGUGGGCGGCCCGCUGUGGGCACUCAUUGACGUCUACGGCAUCACGGACGAGGUGCAGCUACUUGAGAGCGGCUUCGCGGACACCAUGACGCCGGCGCGCCUCAGCCAGGCCCGCUUCAACGCCUGCCUGCCACCCAGUAGCCACGACGCCGCCAACUUCGAUAACAACGAGCUGGAGAACAACCAAGUGGUAGCCAAGCUGGGUCACCUGGCGCUGGGCCGCGCCCAGGGCCCACCGCCACCUCCAGCAGCAGCAGCAGCAGCAGCAGCAACCAGGACACCUGCUGAUGUGGCAGCCGCCGCCAUCCCGUGCGGGCCCCGCGAGCGCGCUCGGCCCGCUUCCUCGCCAGCGCUGCUGGAGACCGACCUGCGCUUCCACUCGACGCGCGGACCCGACGUGAGCCUGUCGGCCGAUCGCAAAGUGGCGUGUGCGCCAAGGCCCGACGGCGGUCGCACGCUCGUCUUCAGCGAGCGCCCGCUGCGGCCUGGAGAGAGCCUCUUGGUGGAGGUGGGUCGGCCGGGUCUGACGGCGGCUCCUGGUGCCGUGGCCUUCGGCAUCACGUCGUGCGACCCGGGCGCGCUGCGACCCGCCGAGCUGCCAGCCGAUCCCGACGCGCUGCUCGACCGUAAGGAGUACUGGGUGGUGGCACGCGCGGGGCCUGUGGCGAGCGGCGGCGACGCGCUCAGCUUCACGCUGCAACCCGGCGGCGACGUGCUGCUGGGCGUCAACGGGCGCCCGCGCGGCCGCCUGCUGUGCGUGGACACCACGCAGGCACUCUGGGCCUUCUUUGCCGUGCGUGGUGGCGUCGCGGGACAAUUGCGCCUGCUCGGUACCCUGCAGUCUAGUCCCACAGCCACAACGCCGUCAGGGUCCUUCAGCGGCUCCCAAGAUGACAGCGACUCGGACAUGACCUUCAGCGUCAACCAGUCCUCCUCGGCGUCAGAGUCGUCCCUGGUGACGGCCCCCAGCUCCCCGCUGAGCCCGCCCGUGUCUCCCGCUUUCCUGCCCCCGGAGCCGACGGGCAGCAAGAACGGCGAGUGCACCGUGUGCUUCGACAGCGAGGUGGACACGGUCAUCUAUACGUGCGGACACAUGUGCCUGUGCCACAACUGUGGCCUGCGGCUCAAGAGGCAGGCCCGGGCCUGCUGCCCCAUCUGCCGGCGGCCCAUCAAGGAUGUCAUAAAGAUCUACAGGCCAUAACCGGGCCGCUUCCGGGGCCUUGGCCGGAGCAAGGCAAGGGGAGCCCCUGAGCGGAGCAACCUGCUACAGCCGCCAGAGAGGCCCCGGGUGACGGCUACUAUGUCAUCUGCUAACCUCCAGUGGCAUCUAGUUUGUGGAAAUGAGGCCUUGAGUCCAGGCCCGGGGUUGCUUCCGGCUCCAAAGUGCUUUGCCCCCAAAAGGCUAUCCCAAGAGCAAGCUCAGGAAAUGCCUGGCAGACUGCCCUGUCCCGUGGCGCCCUUGUAGCUGGGAAGCUGGCGUCCUCUUGUGUGUGUGUGCGUGCAAGGAAGGCUUGUCUACGGGGCUGGGCCGAGCAUAGGAGAGGGAGAAGGGUCACCGAGCGAGAAGGCGCAGGUAUUUUAUGCAGGGACCCUGACUCGGGGAGGCCGACACAUAGGGAUGUGCAAUCCAGAGCCCAGAUGUGAG